UAAUAUACCUAAUAUAUAUUAUUUAAGUAUUAUAAUUUUAAUAUACAUUGUUCAAUUAUUGCGGUUCGUAUUACAAUCGGGAUUCGUUCGAUAUAUUGCGUAGAAAACAGAUAUCAAUAUUGCCGGCCCCCGAAUAAUAAUUAUUUAAAUAUUCGCGAGAGCGGGCGGAUAGUUCAGAGACGCAGUUUGGGGGGGCGAUCGCACGAUAUGGCCACAGACGACGAGGAUGGCGGUGUCGAAGCCAACACGCCGCCGGCGAUCGCGCUGGAGCGGCGUAGGCGACCGGGCAGGGAACAGUGGUCUAACAAAACGGAUUUUCUGAUGUCGGUCAUAGGAUUCGCCGUGGAUUUAGCCAACGUAUGGCGAUUUCCGUACCUGUGCUAUAAGAACGGCGGAGGGGCCUUUUUAAUACCUUAUUGCACUAUGUUGUUGGUUGGUGGAAUUCCUUUGUUCUAUAUGGAAUUGGCCCUCGGGCAAUUUUAUCAAACUGGAGCAAUAACAUGCUGGGGUAGGCUAGUUCCACUGUUCAAAGGAAUUGGUUACUCGGUUGUUUUGAUUGCGUUUUAUGUGGACUUCUAUUACAACGUAAUCAUAGCAUGGGCUUUGCGAUUUUUUUUGGCUUCGUUUACGAACAUUUUACCUUGGACCACCUGUGACAAUGACUGGAAUACGAACUACUGCCAACCGUUAACAAUAUUGUCAAAUGAUUCGAGCUUAAGCUCAAUAGACAACGUUACAGUAUUAGCGAAUGAUUCUCGCUUGGCAUCUGCUUCUUCAGAGUACUGGUUGCGUAGAGUGCUCGAGUUGAAUCACAGCGAAGGUAUUCAUGAUUUGGGAUAUAUUAAAUGGGAUAUGGCAGGAUGUUUGUUUUUGGUUUACCUUAUAUGUUACUUCAGUUUAUGGAAAGGAAUAUCUACUUCGGGCAAAGUUGUUUGGUUUACUGCAUUGUUUCCAUACGUAGUGUUAAUCUUUUUACUCAUCAGAGGAAUCACUUUACCUGGUUCAGCACAAGGAGUUCGUUAUUAUUUGUAUCCAAAUUUUUCUAUGAUUGCUAAGCCAGAGGUUUGGGUUGAUGCAGCUACACAAGUAUUCUUUUCACUAGGUCCUGGAUUUGGAGUAUUAUUAGCAUACGCUUCAUAUAACAAAUACCAUAACAAUGUUUUAAGAGAUGCAUAUUUAGCGAUUAUGUGCAAUUCAAUAACGAGCUUUUUAUCCGGUUUCGUUAUUUUCACUGUCCUGGGUUAUAUGUCUCAUGUUUCUGGUCGACAAAUUCAACAUGUAGCAACUGAAGGACCUGGCCUAGUAUUUAUUGUUUAUCCUGCAGCUAUAGCGGCCAUGCCAGGAUCAGUGUUUUGGGCUUUGAUAUUCUUCAUGAUGCUACUCAACUUAGGCCUCGACAGUUCGUUUGGAGGGUCGGAGGCAAUCAUAACUGCAAUGAGCGAUGAAUUUCCAUUGAUCAGACGUAAUCGGGAAGUGUUUGUAGCGUUGCUGUUUCUUCUCUAUUUUGUAGUCGGUCUGGCAUCGUGCGCUCAAGGAGGAUUUUACUUCUUUAAUUUACUUGAUCGUUAUGCCGCCGGUUACUCGAUGCUCAUCGCUGUGUUAUUUGAAACUAUUGCCGUAUCGUGGAUCUAUGGUGUUGAUAGAUUUUGUGACGACAUCAAAGACAUGAUGGGCCAUAGUCCUGGCGUUUACUGGAGAUUUUGUUGGCGAUUUGCUGCACCUUUAUUCUUAGUUUUUAUCAUAGUGUACGGAUUGUUGGGAUAUGAACCGUUGACUUACGAAGGUUACGUAUAUCCGGCUUGGGCAAAUGUGCUUGGUUGGAUAAUCGCUGGCAGCAGUGUCGCAAUGAUUCCAGCAGUAGCGCUUUAUCAGUAUUUCAACACCGCGGGAACGCAUUUAGAAAGAUUAAAAAUUCUGACUACACCUUGGCGGGACGAACAUGACGACGAUCCAAUUUCUAUAAACGGACUGCAUAUACUCUCUGACCCAGCUCAAGUGAGAUUGACCAGUCCUGUAGCAUCUGUAGACGUUUGAGAUCCAAUAGAAACGUCAUCAUAAUUUACCCUCUAAGAUCCAAUGAUUUAUUGACGUUACGCGACUAAGCGAGUGAACAGCUGAUAUAACUGUCGAUGAAAUAAUAGUAUUUUAAUUCAAGUGAUUCCAUACAUUAUUUUAAUUUGCUUAAUGAAAUGAGUGCUGACACUUUAAAACGCUUGGAUGCUUGUGUGUGAAAAUCAAACGGUCGUUUCAAAAUUAUGCUUAAAUGAUUUUGGUUAUAAAAUGAUUGUAGGUAAAUAUUAUAAUUAUACAAUAUUAUGUAGGUAUAUAAAAUAAUUAAAACUUUUAUAAUUAAUUCAUUUUAUUAAAGAUUCUUAAUCGUUUUUAGAUUUUAAACGUAAUAAUAUUUAAACCAUGUUGCAAAGUUGAUAAUUAAACUUUAAACUGAAGAUACGAAGAUACUAGAAUAGUUUUUUUAUAUGAUCAACAACAAUGACUAUUUAAAUUAUCGUUUCUCAACCUUUUAGUGUCGCGGACCCCAAAAUAGGUAUAAAAUGUGGACAAACACUUCGCGACUCCCCUAUCUAUAUUAAGUACAAAUUUGAACAAUAAAAAUAUCAUAUUAUCAUUAAUCGAUUAACCAUAUAAGAAAUACUAUACCAUUUCGAAUAUUAAUUUAUAAAUACCAUUUGUGGAAAUUUAAACUUGUCAUGGGUAAAUUAUUUAUUUUAUAAUGUUUUUUUCAUUGUUUUAAAUAUAUGGUGAUUUUAUUAUUAUUAUUUUAAGUAUUUUUUUUUUGUUCAAUAAAAAAUUUAAAUAAAAAGGUUCAUUUUAUAAAUCGGCGUUUUAUUAAUUUUGACCUACGCGACCCUCAGGUUGAGAAACGUGGAUUUAAAUUACGAUGAUCUCAGUCUCGAAUAAAAUAAUUGUAAUGAACCAUCAUUAACUUAUUAAUGAUUAAUAAUAAUCAAUAGCAUUAUUAGUUUAAGAAUUGAAUGCAUGUAGGUACAUAAUGUUGGAAUUUAAUAUUUAAAAUAAUAAGAGCCACGGUAAUCUACCAGUGUAGAUAACUGCAUAAUAAGAACCUAUCACUAGGUAUGUAUACUACAUAUUAUUAUAUGAUAUAUAAGUACAUAAUUUUUAAUUUAAUUUUCUUUUUAUAAAUUAUUAUUAGCAUAGUAUUAUAUAACUUCUUUAGUUAGUGGGCUAUUUUUUAGGGGAGUAAAAGUCUUACAAUAAUAUUAAAUUUGAAAUUGAAUGAUCAGUUAAUAGGUAUAUUAUUAUGUUACCUAUAUAGUAUAUAUCUAUAUAAUUAUAACUAUAUUAGAUAGUUAGAUUCAUUUUGAUAAAAUUUAAAAACAAACAAUUCCAAUGAAAACUAUAUUGAAUGUGGCGUAUUAUCGUUCUAUACCUAAAUACUAUAUACUUAUUGAAAAAAAAUUAAGAGCUCUAUUGUUUGUGUAAAAUCAAUAUGAAAAAAAUAAAAGAAGACAAUCCAAUUUUGUGGUAAAUAUUUUUAUCACAAUUAAAGAUAUAUAAUAUUUAAUUUCGGUUUUUAACGAAUAAUAGUAAAAGUAUUUAGUGCCACAAUAGAAGCUUUACAGAUUUAUACAGUAGAGACUUAACCCUUUUUUAUAAAUAAUAAAUGUACCUUAUAUUAGACUAUAUAGCCAUAAUACCUAAGCUGAUGACUUAGGUAAAUGUUAUCUAUAACACCUAAUUACUAAUUUUUGUUUCUGUAACAAAAUGUGUACCACUAUGAAUGUAUUGCGUUUGUUAAACGUAAAUAAUCAUGUUAUAUUCAUGGUAUAAAAUAUCUUUUCACAUAUGUUUUUUUGUUUUAGAAUUAUAAUAUAACAAUUAACAAUCGUUAGAAUCAUAUAUUUCAAUAUUGAAGUUAUUAUAGUAUAGAGUCCAGUAGUUUUUAAUCUGUGUGCUGCGAGAUUGUCUAGGUGUGCCGCACUGCCGCGAGAAAUGUUAUUAAAUAUUGAAAACAGAGUUUUUGGCGAAGUUGCCGAAGUUGUUGUGGUUGUCAAGUGCGUAAGUGUGCCGUGAAAAUGUUUGAUGUAUAAUAGUGUGUUGUGAACCAAAAAAGGUUGAGAACCACUGGACUGUAGUCUGUAGUAAUAGUUACUACUUCACUAGUACGCUGUAAAAGUACAAUACUAAUUAGUGUUUAUAUAUAGCUAUAUUGGUGACAGUGGCGUAUUUACGGGGGGGGGGAUAUGGGGGAAUGGGGGAUAGAUCCCCCCUUUAGUAUUUUUUUACUAGUAAGUUUAAUAACGUUGGUAAGUGUACCCCCCACUGUCGAGGAAAUUAUGUUUUCCAACUUAUAUCCCCCCUGGACAAAAUCCUAAAUACGCCACUGAUAGGUGAUAAACUAGUUACCUGUUCAACACGUUAGUACCUAUAUAGAUUAUUUUCUAUAGUCAUUCUUAGGUAAAAAAACACUUUUCACUCCUUCAAAAGUCGUACAUGUGUAAAUUUUGUUGUUUAAAGUUAUUUAGUUCAAAACGUAAUUUAAUACUCGAACGAUAAAUCGAAUUGGUUGGAAUUGGGGCCAAAUAAUUUGUUUUAUCAGUUUUAAUUAAAAUACACCUAAUGAAACGUUCAUCAUUUUUUCUGAUCUGCAUAGGUAGGUAAUUAUUUAAUUUUAAUGUUGAUUAAUAGUAGUUGAUUAAUUUUAACUCAUUAUUGUACGUGUACUUAAAGUUUACACAAAUUUUAUUCAAAAUAAUAUGGUUAGUAAAGGUACCUAGCAUAAAAAAAAUGUAAUCAAAAAAGAUAAUUUCAAGCUUGAAAGAAACGUCUUGACAAAUUUAUGCUGGAUAGAAAAAUAAAUAAGUUUUUGAUUGAUAAUUUAGAAUUUUAGCUAAUGGCAUUAUCUAGGCCACAUACAGUGAAUAGAGUUGUGUUAAGAGUUUUGGCUGACACCAAUUUUAGUAGAAUUAUAGUCUUACUUUUAUAGGUGAAUUAAAUAACGUAUGUUAGUAGUUAUUAGUUAAUAUUUAUUAGUUAACGAUGUAUUUGUCGAAAUAUAAAGAUAAAGUAGUUUGUUUAGUCAUUGAAUUUUAUAUUAAUCGGUAUAAAUACCUAUUAUUAAGGUUUUAUUAAUGUAUUACUUCUUAAUUGUACACUUUAUAAAUAAUUAUUAUAAAACAGUCCAAUCAACAAAAUGUUAAUAAUAUGAGCAUAAACAAAAUGUGUAUAUAUAAUAAUGUGAAAUAUAGAUAUAUAUAAUAUAUAGGUUACCUAAUAAUUAAUAUAAGUAAAAUAGUGUGUAAGUCUUAUCAUAGAUUAUUUAUAUUAAUAUAAUAUAUUCAAAUUGCUUAUCAAUCAAUUUUUAAAAUAUUAUUAAUAUUUAGACAGAAAUGUAUUGAUCAUUUUUAAUACAUGACAAUUUAUAUUCGAAAAUACAUAGGUACUCUAACUAAACAUUAUUUUAUAAUAAUAUAUAAUAAUUACUUAUGCUUUUGUAGAUCAAACUAGGUACCUAUUUAUUAGAUGCUUAUAUAACUAUUAUUAUCUUUUUAUUGUAACAAAAUUAAAAAAAUAUCAAAUAAAUUAAAAAAAACGUUUGUAUAUUAUUAUUAUACUUAUACCAGAAAUAAAUAAACUUUCAAUUUUGACACUUUUA